AUGAAGAAGGUACCACAAAGAUCCGGAUCAAAGCAUCAUAAGGCAACCCCAUAUUCCUUACGAUCAUUUCAAUCAAAGAUCAUGAAAGAUGCCCACAACAAGAAACAAAAAAAGGAAUCCGAGAAGAAAGAUUAUAAAGAUGCAAGAUGUUCGGUUUACCUAUACAAAAAAGCCUACUCGAAAGAGAAGGAAGGCCCAGAGUCGUCAGACGGGUCAAAUGUUGACCCGUUUGUCUGUGGGCUUAUGUGCCCGCUCUGUUGCGGUCAGGUGAAAGGGUGGACCGUGGUGGAGCGAGCACGCAAGUUUCUCAAUUCUAAAAAGAGAAGCUGCAUGCAAGACAACUGUUCGUUUGUUAGGUCAUACAGAGAUUUGAGAAAGCAUGUACGGGAGGAUCACCCGUUGGCCCGCCCGCGAGAAGUUGACCCGUCACUCGCUGAAAAAUGGAAAACGCUUGAAAAUGAUACGGAGUUAAACGAUGUGAUGAGUACAAUUAGCUCGACAAUGCCCGAGUCGAUUGUAAUGGUGGAUUAUGUGAUUGAAGGGAAUUUUCGGGAGUUUUCUAGAGACAUGGAGAUGGAUAAUUAUCUCGACAAUGUACUUUUCCGGUUAGGAUCAAGAACUGCCCCGGGCAGCUAUGCGAUAUUGGAGAGGGGUCGUCGGUCAGUGGAUGAUGAUGACGGCGAUGAUGGUGGUGGUGCCGCCACUAGGCGUGUUUGUAAUUACAUUCCUCGGAUUGCCUGCCGCCAGGGAAGGUUGGUUUUAGGUGGGCCAAGGAGGCGGCGUGGGCGUGGGCGUGGGCGUGGUGUAGAUAUGUAA